CUUUUCCUCUCAUUUUCUCUCUUAUCCUGCAGGGAGACACUCUGCCUGUUUGCUUAAUAAACCCUCUUAUGUGAGUUCCGCGUCCGGAGUGGUUUCUGGGUUCUUACACUCUGGAUGGUGGAUUUAGCAAGCCCAGCCCUGCACGUGGCUCCGUGGUUUAUACACCAACAGGAAGUCCCUCUGUAAGGCACAGGCUGAUUUAUAAAGCCAGGCGCUGGUCCGACUCCGUGGUGGGCCCAGAUGACAGAAGGUGCCGAGUGUCCUGGGGACCGCGGGGCUGGAGCCGGCGCCCUCUGGGACGCCCUCAGGGCGCUCCUGCCGAGCACCAAGGAGGAGCUGGAGCUGGAGCUCGGGGCCGGGGUGCAGGGGGCCGUGCGGCUGCUGCUGCGGCAGGCCACCGAGCUCUUCUACGGGGACAGGCCGAGCGAGUGUCUGCAGGCCAGCGAGGCCAUCCUGGACUACGCCUGGGAGCGGCUCAACACCGGGCCCUGGCGGGACGUGGACAAGGACUGGCGGCGGGUCUACGCCUUCGGCUGCCUCCUGAAAGCCCUGUGCCUGUGCCGGGCGCCCUGCGAGGCCAGCGCAGCUGCCAAGGCCCUGCGGGUGUGUGACCUGGGCCUGCUGAUGGGCGCGGCCAUCCUCGGGGACAUCCUUGCUCGGGCCGCCGCGGUGCUCCAGGCUCACCUUCCCUCCGCACAGAGGCCGACCUGGGACCCCAGCCAGCAGCCGCCCAGCCCAAAGAGAGCCAGGCGCAAGCACGCUUCCGUCCCGAACGCGGAGCAGGAGAGGGCAGUGCCCCGGCUGCACCGCCCGUCCCUCCAGCACUUCAGGGAGCAGUUUCUGGUUCCCGAGAGGCCGGUGGUCUUGGAGGGCGUGGCCGACCACUGGCCGUGCAUGAAGAAGUGGAGUUUGGAGUACAUCCAGAAGGUCGCUGGCUGCCGGACCGUCCCCGUGGAGGUUGGUUCCCGGUACACAGACGAGGCGUGGUCCCAGACGCUCAUGACGGUGGACGACUUCAUCGGCAGGCACAUCGCGAGCCAGGCGAGCGGCGUGGGGUACCUUGCUCAGCACCAGCUCUUCGACCAGAUCCCGGAGCUGAAGCGGGACAUCGGCAUCCCCGAUUACUGCUGCCUGGGUGACGGGGAGGAGGACGAGAUCACCGUCAACGCCUGGUUUGGUCCCCAGGGAACUGUCUCCCCACUCCACCAGGACCCGCAGCAGAACUUCCUGGUCCAGGUGAUGGGGAGGAAGUACAUCCGGCUCUACUCCCCACGGGACUCGGAGGCUCUGUACCCGCACCAGACGCACCUUCUUCACAACACCAGCCAGGUUGACGUGGAGCAGCCCGACCUAGAGAAGUUCCCCAGGUUCGCCGAGGCGCCCUUCCUGUCCUGCGUCCUGUCUCCUGGGGAGACGCUGUUCAUCCCGGCCAAGUACUGGCACUACGUGCGGGCGCUGGAUCUGAGCUUCUCUGUCAGCUUCUGGUGGUCGUAGCGGGAGGACGUGUGGAAGGGCCUGCAUGCUGACAGCGCUCACUACCCCGCUCACUCCUGCCCUGGCUCCAGGCCCCGGGCUCUGAGCUGGGCCCUGAACCACAGGGGAGGCCCGGCUCCGGGCACCCAGGCCCAGCUGGCAGAGGAGCCCGGGGACACUCCAGGCGGACCACCCACACGCAGCUCCUGACACGUUUGGGGGUCCGGCGGCGUGCCUAGUGAGAGCGUGGGCUCCAAGAGGGCUGCUGGGCCCCGGGCUGGCCCCACCGCUGAACCUCGUCCAGGAAACAGGGCGGGGCCUACCCAGAGUCUCGAGGCACCUGUGGUGGCAGAGCGCCGUCACCCACGUCGGUUCCCGGGAUCACGCUGGACUUCAUCAUGGCCAGGCCUGGGGGCACCACAGCCUGCAGACUCUGGAGAGGCGGGCGAGGCCCUGGUUACAGGGAAGGGCCCUAAACCCAGUGGGAGACUCGCCCUCCUUACUGAGGCACAGUGCCAGGUGGACGGGUUUUCCACUGAGCACACGCCUGGAAACAGGCUCCCCGGAAGGACCAGGACCAUCCCAGCACCGGAGGUGCCUCGGGAGACCUGCUCUCCAGGGAGGCCGUCCGGUCCGCAGAGCAGCCUCCAGCCAAUGUGCACAGACGGGGAGAACAGCGCGUGGUCAUGUUCCCACAGGCGCGUCUGGGUCUGCACUGCAUUCUCCACCAAGACCAUGAGGCAAAGAGCAUCCGCUCCAAAUCAACCACAAGAGGAAACUGAAAAGCUGAUGAACCUUUACGUAAAAUGUCUCAUUUCUUUAAUUAAAAAACUUCCAAGUAUUAUGCCGAAACAGUAACUGUAUUCAGUUCUUGGUGGAGUACAUGGGUGUUUGUGGUGAAUAAACCCAACUUACUAACAAUCAGCUGUGCAGGCUCCUCCUGCUCAGUGUCAGGAGGGGACAGCGCCCGCCGGUGGGCUUAGCGGCUCAGCAGAAAGCCACGCACCUCGCUCACGUCCACCUGUGUGCCCACCCCACGCUGGAAACCCUCCCUGAGGAGGUGGCAGGAGGAGGAGGACGUGCAUCCUGCAAUGAGAUCGUGGCGGCUGUUGUAACGGCAUGAGCGACACCCACUGGUGGGGGUGGGAGUGGCCCCCGUGCAGUGAGGGCAGCCAGCCCUGGACACCUGGCACACGGUUCUCCUCUUUAAUAUUGUUGGUUUGGUCUUUUUGUUCUGUGGCAUUUUUCUGAACAUUUAGAAUUUUUCAUACACAUCUUUAGUUGUAGGUGACACAACACCUUUACUGAUUUUUAGGUGGUGCUGAGGAGGAAACCCGGGGCCUCAGGUGGCUCGGCGGGCACUCUACCACUGAGCCCCAGCCCGGCCCUGAGUGUUGAGAAUUUCUAAGGUCACAAUAAACGCUGUCCUGUUA